AGUUUAAAGCAACGGCCGCCAUCAGGACAAAAGAUAGUGUUCUUGUAACACAAGAAAAAUUCUACAGAAAUAUUGACUUCUAAACUUCUAAACUAACUAACUUCGAAACAGUCAGACUGGAUAGCGUUUGAAAAUUAUAUUCAAGUGACUUACGAAGCAAUUGUAAAAUAAGCAAAUGAGCUAUAUGAUGGACAACGUAAGCGAGAUGUUGCAUUUAGAGAGAACUGGCAAAAUUGGAGGAAACAUGGACUGGAACAAUGGAAGUCAGAUACGACAGUUCUAUGCUGGAAAGAGGAUUCUACUCACUGGGAGCACUGGUUUCUUAGGAGCAGCGAUUCUGGAAAAGCUUUUACGCACUUGUUUGGAAAUCGGCAAGAUUUACUUGAUAAUCAGGACUAGGGGAAAAAUGACAGUCGAGGAGCGAAUGGAAAAAUAUUUCCAAAGUCCUAUAAGUGUUUUCGACGUACUGCAGAAGGAAAAUCCCAAUUUCAAGUCAAAGAUUCACACAAUGCACGGUGAUCUACAAAAUGCUAACUUGGGUCUUUCACCGGAAGACUACAAACUCCUGACGGAGAAUGUCAAUAUAAUUAUUCACAAUGCAGCAGACACAUCAUUUUUUACAAGAUUAUCUUCCAUCUUGAAGACAAACUCGUUAAGCACCAAAUAUAUGCUCGAUUUAGCGGAAAAGUGCACUAAUAUUUAUGCGUUUGUGUACGUUUCGUCCUUCGCACGAAGAAGCACGAUCCCUUGCGCUAUCUAUAGGCCUGCGAUAAUUAUGUCAACGGCCAAAGAACCAUCACCAGGGUUGAUAACGAGUACAACUGGAGUUUCCGGGCUGACACUUGUAUAUGCCAUGAGUCUAGUGCACUCUCUGCCUACAAGAUCCGACUCUAUCAUUGACUUCGUUCCGAUUGACAUGACGGUUAACGCUCUGCUGGCAUGCAUUUGGGACUUGAGUAAACGCAAGAAAUCGGACGGACCACAAGUGUACAACUAUGGUUCAUCUCAUUGGAAACCUUUUUUCGACAAAAUUUAUGGUAUGUUGAAUCCAAGGAGAAUAGAAAAAUAUCCAGUAUGCAAUAUGUUCUGGUAUCCAUUUCUGAUAACCACGAAGCAUUAUUAUCUCUUCGUCCUAAUUAACGUGUUAUUCAGCAUUCUUCCUGCAGCAGUGUAUGAUGUCGGUCGUUGGAUUACAGGAAAGAAAACACAAGGCCUACGGCUAAUGAUGAGGGUAGCACGCUUCAACAGCUCGCUUUACUUUUUUUUAUAUAACGUUUGGACUGUCGAAGUAGAAAACACUCAAAAUAUCCUCGUUCACAUGAAUAAAGCUGACUAUGAAGAAUUUCCUUUCGAUUUGGAGAGACUCGAUUGGGAUAAAUUUAUGUGUGACUUUUGUUUUGGUGUCAAAACAUAUUUAAUGAAAGACACAACGGACUCGAUUCCUGAAGCCAGGAAAACAUUUCGGUCGUUCAUGAUACUACACUAUACUGUCUGCACUUGUUUCUUUAUAUUUGCAAUGUUUCUUGUGUCCAAAUUAUUAAGGGUAGUUCUUUGUUAACGAUUUUUUAUACAAAUGUUUUUGUAUAAUAAAUAUAUUGUGCAAAACAAUGUUCGUUCAUAUUUAAUUAUAUGAUAACUUUAUAUAGUUAAGAACUAACACCUGCUUAAAAUAACAGUUCUAAGUACCAAGAAAAUUUUUGUGUGUCAAAUUUAAUUUAGGUACAAAAUUAUCCAAUACUUAUUCUAAUUAGGUAUUAAUUCAAAUAUGUAUUUCUGUUUAUUUUAAGAACAAAAAUUGUAAAUAAAUAUAUUGUUCAGUAUUAAUGCAACCAUAAGCAGAAAUAUACUGACAUGCUGAUGGUGUCACACGACCUGAAAUACCGACAUUGCUUUACUUUCUAUAAUUGUCUUAUUGCGCACUCUAUGAUUAGUUAGUUGCAUCUUUUAGAACGGCGAUUAUGAAAAGUACGUUAGGAAAAACGACAGAAAUUAUUCUAGUGAAAUGGAAAUAAAAGCAAAUCUUCAACGUCAUAAAUAAAUUACACAUGCAAUAAUAAUAUUACAUAAUAAUAUUGACUUCCGAUUCAUACUAGGAUGUUAUAUCUUUUGGAAAUAAAAUGAAAAUUACAGUCCUUAUUUUUACGUCACUAAUGUCUGUCAGUACGUUUAAAUAUAAUUUCAACCACUAGAUUGUUAUUAAAUCCAGUCUUAUUGGAAUGGUAGCGACACAAAUAUAAUGGGACAUUCCUCUGAGAUGUAUAAGGAUAUCUUGCAGCUAC